AUGGAUAAGGUUAACGAACAUGUAUUGUCACUUUUUCCCGGAGAAGAGAGGUUCUACUUGAGUUCAGAUUCUAUCGACAAAUCUGACAGUAACUAUGGUAGUAAUGAUGAUGCAUUUUCAAUUGAGUUUUUUAAUACAAUACGUGUAUCUGAAGUUCCAAACCAUAAGUUAGUGUUAAAAGUUGGUGUUCCAAUAAUGUUUCUCGGAAACAUGGAUCAGUCUGUCGGCUUAUGCAAUUGUACACGUUUAUUGGUUGAUCACCCGGGCGAUCGUGUUAUAAAAGCAACUGUUAUAUCCGGAUCUAACAUUGGAUAUAGUCUUUUCUUAGUUGGAGAUAAGGAUGGGCGUGGCCGCGUGGGUAAUAAGGCUUGCGCAUUUGGGCCAGGAUACGUUGGGAACCCAAUUCCUACCCUUAAUAAUGAGAAUUUUUGA